AUGAAUCACAAUCAAAAUGAAAUAAGCAAUCGAUCGAUCACCAAGAAAACAUUCUUCACUCAUGCUGAUAUAGAAGCUCAACUUCAAAACCUUUACCUUUAUUCUGACUUUUCAUCAACCACUCGAUCUGGUCAUCAAGAUCAACUCGAUCAUCUUGGUCCUAUCAUUCGUAACAUUCAUUUAUCUAAACAACAAGAUGCAUUCUUACGACAUCUUCUUAAAUUUAUGAGAACCAAAGAAGCCGAAAUCGAAGCUGUCUGUCAUGCAAAUCAUCAGGACUUUAUAGGAUCAGUUGAUAAAUUAUUAAGUGUUCGACAAGGUACUCUAUCCCUUCGAUCACAUGUAGUCAGUCUCGAUUCAUCACUUCAAUCAUCAGGUGCUUCUCUAGCUUCAGCUCGUUCUUCAUUACUCGAUGCAAGAAAAGUGGCAUCCAACAUUGAUGAUACAAUCGAUACCCUUCAAGCUUGUUUACGCGUCCUCGAUCUCUCUAAGAAAGUCUCUCAACAGAUUCAAACGGGAAAAUUCUAUUCGGCUUUAAGAUCAUUAGAUGAACUUCAAUUCAUUCAUCUUAAGCCUCUCUUACCAUUUGCUGCCUUUGCUGGAUAUCUUGGUGAAGCACUUCCAAAUGAGAAAAUUAGAGUUAGAGAAGAAGUCACCAAACAACUCAAUUCUUGGUUAUAUGAAGCACGUGAACGAAGUGGAAGUGUCGGAAAAUUGGCGAUGGAAGGAAUGGAGAUGAGGACAAGGAGAUGGAAAGCAAGACGAGACCGAGUUAAACAUCAGGACUCGGCUUCUUUAGCCAUGCUUGUGGAUGUCAACACACCGGUCGAGAUGGCGGUCAGUGAACGGCAUGAAUAUAAUGUCUUAGAGUCAACUCAAUCUCGGAUCGAUUUCUCACCACUCUACCUGGCCAUUCAUAUCUAUGAAACCCUUGAUGCCAACGAAGAGUUGAGGAAGUCAUUCAGGGACGAUCGUAGAGCACAAGCUCAUUUGAUUGUUUCUUCUACCGCCUCAUCCCCAUUUUCAUUGGAGAACUUGGCUAGCUUAAUGGAGUCUAUCGUCGGCUUUUUUAUCAUCGAGGCUCAUGUUUUACAUACUACAAAGUCUUUUAGGGAUGAGACAGAUGUGGAUAAUCUUUGGGAGGAGAUGUGUGAACGGGUAGUCGCAAUUAUUACUGAGGGAAUCGGAGGUUGCGAAGAUCUCGACAUCUUUCUUGGAAUCAAGACAAAACUACUCACAUUUGCCCAAACUGCUGCGGCGUAUGAGUACCCGGCUACACAAUUAAAUGUCCUUCUCAGUUCACUCUUUGAACGGUACACCGAUCUUUUGCGAUGGAAAUACGGUACAGAUUUUCAGCAGAUAGUCUUGGAUGAUGACCAUCAACCAAUGACAGUUAACAACGAGGAUGAAUUUUCAAAGGUAGUAGAAGUGAGCUUCUUACCUGAACAGGGUGAAUGGGCUCAAGAGAAUUUAAUCACGGGUGGAUAUCCAGCCGCUCUUCCGUUCUCUCAGACUUACCCACUUUGUUGCAUCGAUAUUCGAAACUUUGUUACAAAAUACUAUCAUUUUGCGGAUGGAUUUGUUUCGGCGAUGCGCGAUACUGAUGAUGUGCUACGUAAGUCACUUGACAAACUUUUGAUCAAGCAUAUCAACGGUCAUAUCCGUUCUCGAGUUCAAAAUACCAGGAAUCUGUCACAACUUUCUCAGAUUGUAAUCAAUCUACAAUUCUUUCAAACCGCAUGUCUCGCACUAGAGCGCUUACUUGUCACCCUUCGGGUAACACCGAGGGGUGGAUUAGUGAAAUUAGAUUCAUCUCGAGCAUUCCAAGCCACACUAAGUUUUUCCGAAGAAACGAUCCUAUCAAGAGUUCAUGCCAAGAUUAAAGAUUUUUUUGAAUUGGCUGAAUAUGAUUGGACAACCGAUCGAAUGAUGGCAGUUGAUGAAGAUGGUGAAGCUAGUGUAUAUUUGAUCGAAUGUAUGAAUUAUCUUAAAACGGUGAUGACCAGUGUUUUGAGCAUCUUACCACACAACGUUCGAGUUGCGAUUCAUCUUGGAGCUUGGUCCUAUAUCGCUCAGAGAUUGAUGGGGUUUUUUGUUGAACGUGAACCCAUCAAAAUGAGUGAUGGAGGGCUAUCCUAUCUGGCCAAUGACAUACGUUUUGCAGUCUCGCGUGCCAAAUCUGUCAAUAUCGAAGGUGUUGAACCGAUUUUUGAAGAACUGGUUCAGAUCGUUGGAUUACUAGAGAGUCCAGAUGUAGGUGGAUAUCUAGAUCCAGAUUAUCGUGAAAUGAAGUACAAGCUAGUCACACCUCGAAGGCUCGCUCCUAUCUUAAUCAAACUUGUCACUCAUCUGAAUUCGAUCAAUUCUGCACCUGAUCCUUCAAGGAAAGAAGCAAUGGAAGACGUAUUGAAAGCUGUUUCAAGAGCUUGAUGAGGAUAUGGUUGAUUAUGGGUUGGUAAAUGUGUUCAGCUUGAAUGACCAUCUUGGGUAAACAAAAGUGGAAGACCCCUGUGAGAGCUUUGUAUCACAUCUUCAUGGAGUAGUCAAAUUGAUGCCAAUGCAACCAUGAAGGAAAACCUUGGAGACUAUUAUGUGUAAUUACAAUUGAAUACUGUACUUAGUAUGCCAUGUGAAAAAAGUGUAAUGAUCAAGUUGUGAAUCUACUCCAAAGGCAACCUAUGGUGUCUAGAUAGAUAAAAUUGGUAAAAUGAAGGUUGUUGAAGUUUACAAUC